AAAAAUAACAAUGGAGAAAUUAACACCUGCACGGAAUUCGAGAACAUGCACGGCGGAUCUGCUGAAUUGGUCGUCCGAGGUUCCGCCGCCGUCGUACGCUUCUCGUUCUCGUCAGCCUUCUAAUGGAAUCGGUAAGGUGCUGUUUCCAGGAGAUGUUACUGAUGAGGAAGCUGAAAGCUUGUAUAAAAGGAGACCUUCUUCAGGGUAUAAACUGAAGGAGAUGAAUGGCAGCAAUAUAUUUUCUGCUGGUGGUAAGGAUGCUGCAUCAGAAUCUGGACCUGUUAAUGGUAAUGCUAACAUCAGGACAUCUGUGCGGAUUGUUCAGCAAGGUGCAAAUGGGAAAAGCCAGAUUUCUUUUGGUACUGAAGAAAAGAUCUCCCAGAAGACGCCUAUCACUCUAACAGAAGUAGAAAAGCAGGACGAGCUGAGUGGAGACCAAGAAAGCAAGAUAGAUAGGCUUUCAUUAAGUACUGUAGAAAAUAUCUCCGAGGAAAUGCCUGUCACUCUGACAGAAGUGGAAAAGCAACAUGAACUGAGUGGAAACCAAGAAAGCAAGAUACAUAGCAAGGUGAAGAAGCAGUUGUCGGAAGCAAAGAGCAAGGAACUUAGUGGAAGUAACAUCUUUGGACCUCCCAUAGAAGUUCCUCCAAGAUCAUCAACUGUUGCACGGUCAUUGCAUCCCGAAGAAAGCAAAGACAUGGGUGAACCUGCUCCACGAGUUGUGCGCACAUCUGUCAAGGUUUCUAAUCCUUCUGGUGGUCAAAGUAGUAUCUUGUUUGGCGGUGAGCCUGUUGUGGAGCCAGUAAAGAAAAUACAUAACCAGAAAGUUGCAGAGUUGAACGGCAAUGGCAUUUUCAAGGGAGACACUGUCACUCCUCCUGGAUCUUCAGACAAGUCACUGAGCAGGUCUAAGCUGAGAGAAAUGAGUGGUAGCGGUAUAUUCUCCGAUGGUAAAGCUGAAUCCAGAGUUUGCUAUGGUGGCGUACGUAAACCACCAGGCGGAGAGAGCAGCAUCAGAUUAUUUUAAGUAAACAAUCACAUCAUACUGCGCGAUACGUA